ACAUCUUCCAUCAUCAGCUUAAGCACAUUCAUAAAGCGUUUCCAUAUUACUUGCAAUAGCCACUCUACUAUAUACAUUACAAAUUAAUUGAAGCACACUUGUCACAUUUACAUUUAGUGACAGAUAUAUAGUAACAUCAUCAUGGGUUUGAAGAACAGUGGCGUUGGUCAUAGAGCAUGGAGCCUCCUUCGGGCAUCAUUGCUGUGGGCAAGCAAAGGUGGCGUGUUGAGGCGCAGGGUGGCGAUGGAGCUGCGUCUUGUACCAAAGUACUUGAAGCGACUCGGCCACACUGCUCCUCCAAGCCACAUUCACUACUUUGAACGCGAGCUCUCGUUCGACAAGACCCCCAUCUUCCAUGUCAAGAUGUACCGUCCAACCACCAUGCGCUUCCACUUGCCUCACAUUCCUUGCAUAAACCCACAUGUUGAUUUUAAUGAUGAUGAUGAUGGCAAUGUUGAGUAUGAUACUGGUGGAAGAAAGAGUGCCCUCAUGGAUGCAUCAGGAGACAGCAGAGACCAGGAAUUUUAUCUUGAUUAUGAAGGUUGCCAAGAAAUGGGUUGUGGUGAAGAAGAGGAAGAACAAAAACUAGAUGCUCAGGGAAUAGAUAAGCAAGCUGAGGAGUUCAUUGCUAAAUUCUAUCAGCAAAUGAGGCUGCAGCGCCAGAUUUCUCUUCUACAAUACAAUGAAACACCCAGAUCAGACACAAGUUGUUGAGCAUACUUCGUUCACUUUUUUCUUCUUUUUCUAUUGAGUUUUGAUGCCAUUGUCAAUGUAGAACAUUUUAGUUCACGAAAUGAGAGAGAGCGAGAGAGAUCUAUAUGUACGGCGGGAUGCUGUAAAUACCAGGAGCUACCUUUGAGUUCUAGUAUUUACAUUUUUUCAUAGUUAUAAUUUCAAUAAAAAAUACUACAGUCUACCGGGCUGUUAUUCAUUGUUGAAUUUAAAA